UGAGUAUAUACGUUGUCUCGUGUUAUAUUUUCCGCGACUAAUUUUUUUUCGUCUUUCAUUGGCUAGAAUGGUGGCGGUCAAUUGGAGUUUGAAUUGUCCUUGGGUGCGUGCUGUCGGGUGCUGUAUUUGCGUGGUUGUGUUUGCGUCGUUUGCCAGCAUAUGUGAUUACUGUAAACGUGUAUGAAACUAUUGUAACGCUUUGUUUUUCUUUGUUUGUGCAUGUACUAGGCAUUAUUUGUCGUACAAUUCGUUGUUUGGUCUAUUGGUUGCUUGCGAUGUCAACGAACCGUCCGUUGCAGGUAGUCAAUUCGAGUGACAGGAGCACAGAUUUAAGUGGAAUUUUUGCUGAAUACAUACUUGGAAAGCGUUUCUUCAGCUGGGAUGAAUUUGAGAAGUCAUUAGCAGAAUUUCAAAAAGUGAGGAAGUCAUAUAAUGCUAACAGUGUAGUUAUCCUACACUCACUAUGUUCAUAAUUGCAGCAAAACGAUGCCGGAUGCCAGGUUUAAGUACGCUUAUGUUGGUUUUAAAUGCACUUUUGGAGUGAAUCGUACAAGACCUGGAUUGAAAUUGAAAAACAAGUCGUCUAAAUGUUGCAAUUGCUCGUCUUCAUUUCGCGUGGUUUUGCAUAAUAGUGAAUACAUAAUUGCUUCCCACAAUAUGGUGCAUAACCAUCCAUGCAGCAGGGUGUACAUGCAGAAUGACCCAUGGUAUAGACGACUAACAGUUGAAGAGAAAGAAAAUAUUGAACCACUUCUUCAGCAAUCCCACUCAUCCGAUGAAAUAAUAAUGCAUGUUAAGGAGAAGUACAACAAGGAUAUAACUCGCAUUGACGUUAAAAAUAUGAAAGCCGCAGUGAAUAAAGGUAUUUCGAGUCGUCGUGACAUUUUUGAAUUCCUAAAAUCCCGUGGGAAGUUAAUGGAGUAUUAUUCCGAUGAACCGAUCAGGAAUUCACUAACAAGAAUUUGUUUUGCAACUUAUGAGCAAAUGGAAUUGUAUAAACAGUUCCCUGAAGUUGUUGGUAUCGACUCGACGUAUAAUACGAAUAAGGGGAAGUAUUCUUUGUUCCAGCUACUUGUGACGGAUAAUUUUGGUCGUGGACGACCAGUUUUAUUUGCGUGGACUAGAAAAGAAUUCAAACGAGAUGUAGUUUGGAUAUUAGACUGUUUCCGGCAAAUAAUGGAAGACACCUCGAAAACAGAAUCCUUCAUUAUGGAUUGUGCGCAAGCUGAAAUAGCAGCCGUCAAGUUAACGCACAGACAAGCGCACAUUGUUUUGUGUUCUUUUCAUGUUUGCCGAGCUUUCUGUCGGAAAACAAGAAAUCCCAUUGUGAAGAACUACUUAUGCCGUCUAGUGCAGUGUAAAAGGAGAUCAGAAUUUAAUUUCUACUUCAGAGUUAUUAGCAGAUUGGACGCUAAUGUCAGUCAAUACCUACAACGUCGUUGGAUGCAUCGACGAGAAUUGUGGGCGGCCUGUUUCAGAGAUAACGUGCUGACUUUUGGGAACGAUACAAAUAAUCGUGUCGAGAGUUCCCACAAGCAGAUGAAACGGUUUUUGCAAAGAUCUGAUAGUCUGCAUAAAAGUAUGCUAAAGGUGUAUAAAUGGCAUAAACGAAGUUUUUCAAUAAUACAGCAGGAGGCGAAUAUUGCUCAAUCACGAUGCUUCACGUAUCCCUGUUCACAAAGUUUAAUCCCAAUUAUACGGUUGCUUACACCAUACGCCGCGAGGAAGGUAAUACGUGAAUACCAAUUGCGACGAUGGGCUACUGUUGAGUUCGAAUCCGUUGAUUAUGUAUUUUUCAAAGAAAAUGGGAAAACAGUGCAGGUUGAUCUGAGUGCUUGCACCUGCACGUGCUUUACAUUUCAGACCUGUCGGUACCCCUGCCGACACUUGCUUUUGGUCCACUUAAGAAAGCCGUAUUUCACAGUUAACCAUGGCUCUGAUAGUGACUGUCUUCCAGCACCUGGUAGGAAUUUAUGGCUGGCUGAAGAUGAAUUAAAGUUACUAGAAGCACUGGAGACUUACGGUUAUGGUAACUGGGAUGAGAUAUCUGCACAACUUCAGUCACAUAGUCCUGCGGAUUGUCGUGAUCAUUAUGAGAAUUUCUACAUGUCAGGCAUUAUGAAAGAACUAUACUCAUCCACCUACUCAUUACCAUCUGUCACGGAACAUAAUUAUUCUUGCCAGCAGCUCGACUGUGAAGAUGAAAAAAAUCCGGCUUGUGAUUUGCGUAUUAGUCAUCAGAAAUCACUUGGGUAUUUGCCAUACAGGGAUGAAUUUGAAUAUGAAUACAUUAACUCAGCGGAAGAAGUUUUAAAUGCUGUUUAUGGUACUCCUCACAAAGACCAACUUAACGAGGCAUUUCAGUUAGCAUUGAUUAGUAUUUACAAUCAAUACAUAGAGAAACGUUAUUUCCGUCAUCGGGUAGCGCGUUCACAUAAUCUGGUAAUUCGUCUUAUGCGUGAUGUAAUACACAGCCAGUCAGAAGAGAAGUCACACAAUCCGACUAAACUACGUGGUUAUCCUAGUCGACGCGGCCGUCGUGUUUCUCGACUUAAAACGAAUAAUCAGAAAUGCUGUUCUCAAAGCAGACUUAAUAAGUCAGAAACUCGAUAUUCUUACAAAUUAGAAAAUAGUGACAAUCUAAUUAUUAAUGCUGAUGUCAACCGUAAUCUUGCAAAAACUGAGCAAGUCAAUGAAGAAGUUUUUGCACAGUCUCCAACUUUAACACCAAAACACUUGAAUCGUUCAUGGGAAUCAUUACCAACACCCAUCUUACAACGUUUCCAUGCCUCAUAUUUGAAUAAACAAAGUGAAGAUAAGGUGGUCUCUAUAGUCAAUCCAGAAUUUCCUGGCGUAAGCAAAACCCUGGAUGUAGUCUCUGCCCCUAAAAAAUCGCUUAUUCAUGAUGGUUUAUGGCCAACUGAGUCUUCCACUUCAUCUGAGAUUCUGGACUCAGGUAUUAGUUCUGUGGAAUCGUCUUCUAAUUCUACUACAUCUUGUGGUAGUUUAAGCGACCCAUUCAGUCUUAACUCUAUUAAAUCAUCCGAUAAAUCACUGCCAUUCUCUUGUAAUGUUACCACUCGUCCGCGAUCUAGUUCUGAUUCUGCCUGUGAUCCCACAACACUGAGAUCAAAAAUUCAGUAUCCCACUUGGGUAGAGCAAAUCUUAUCAAAUAAUCCAUAUAACCAGAAAGUUUCGCAAGUUGACAGUACUUCCAACUCAACUGCAGAUCCCAUUCACCCCGUCUGUAAAGUGGAGACUCCUUUACAUUUACCCUUGAGACGCCGUCGUGGACGUCCACCUCGAGACCGUUGUAUAGUAUCCUACACUGAUAACAAGCAGCAAAAUCACCAAACGUUCUUACCUGCAUCAAGUCCAGAAAAACUUAAUAGCGAGUCCUGUUUACAGACACCACUUAAUCCAUCUCCUGAAAAGAAUAUUUUAUCGAAUUCUGUGAUGAAUGAUCGCCCUAAGAAGCUUACAAGUUUAACUACUAAUGUAGAAACUCCACUAUCAGUGCCUGUAUGUCGUCGUCGCGGUCGUCCACCACGUAAUCGUCGAUUGGUAUCAUCUGCACCACACAGUCGUUUCAAUGAAAAAAUUUUAACGCAUCCUGAAUGGCUGAAACCAUUCUUUCGCUAUCUUUCUACAUCAGAAGCGGAGAUGUUCCUUAAAGAUUUUGAACGUGAACGCGUCCUCCGUGUUGAACUUAAUCAUCUGAUACAAAAUUCUCAGGGGUUAUAUGAAUUUCCCAUGGAACAAACAACAGCCAGUUGUCAUAUUAAGCCAGAAAAUUCAUCUGAACAGUUGAACACAAAAGACAAUCCUCCUUCUGCAUCUUCAUCAUCGUCAACCUCUUCUUCUUCUUCUACAGCUUCCAAGUCUAGUAAACCGCGAACCGCGCUAAUCCAUCGUCGAUCAUCUUAUUUGGCAAGAUUACGUAAUGUUAAACAAUCAUAUUAUGCAACUAGACGAAGGUCAAUUCAUCAUCGCCAUCAUCACCAUUUCACUUCAUUUAGUAAAAUAAAGCAUAAUUUUAAUCGUAGACAUUAUCAUCAUAAAAUUAAACGAAUUAAAUUUAAUAAUAAUAAUAAUAAAUAGUAGGAAUAAUAGAAUUCAUCAAGAGAUAAUGAUAAAUACUCACGACUAAUGUUAAUUUCUUUUGGUUUGUUUUUCCAAAGUUUCAUUUAUAUUACUGUUAUUGUUGUUGUUGUUGUUUUUAACUUUGAUCUCAGGUUUGUUAGUUAGACAGACAGGCGGUUGUUACUACUCUUCAGUCUAUGUGUGUUUAACCAAUCUGUAUGAAUAGUUAUGUAAUGUUUCAUGUUUUAUUCACUACCGACUAAAAGCUACCUAACACUCUUAGUGAUAUAUUAUAGUUUUGUACAUAUCAUUAUUCUAGGUGAAAUAUUAUUGACUGUUGUUAUAUAUAUAUAUAUAUUUAAGUGAGCAAUCUAUACAAAAUUAGGAUUAAAUAGGUUUUUGUUUCUUUUUAUGCUUCUUCUUAUUGUUUGUUUUAUCAAAUUAAUAAUAAUUUUUUCGUUGUUAAUGUUGUAACUGAUCACUACAAUAUAAAGCUUAGCUAUAAUUACUAUUAAGCUACCUUACCUAGUUGUCCUUUUGAUAGGUUGUCUGUCUGAUUGACUCAUUGACUUGCUUCAAUAGGUGUUUUUUUUAUAAAUUUUUUGCUUUUUCUUUAUUGGCUGUGUUCUUUCUACCAACAACGUUUAUCAUAUUUGUGAUCGUUAAUGGUUGUUUAUUGUGUUUUUUGUUUGCUUAGGUUGUACACAAGCUACUGUCUCUUUCAUUGCACACACACACAUAUUUCUUUGUCUCCUACAUUGUUGUAUUGUGAUUCCUCCUCUUGCUUCUCUUUAUCUCACUUUCUCUUGUUCGUUUUACUGCCUUCGGUGAUAAGCAGCAACAGUAGUGGUAACUGCUCAAUUAAUUUCCUUUUCUAUUAUUGUCAAUGUUAUUCUUUUUUGUUUUGUUCUACUUCUUCUUAAUACGUGAUGGUUGCUUAGGCAAAAAAUGCAUUACUGCACUUGUUUGUGAUAGACAGACUGUCUAAAAUGUCUGUUCUAUUCAAUGCAUUCGUUCUUUAUUGUAUAGGAUAUUAUUAUUAUUAUUACUAGGCCUAUAUGCAUACAUAUGUUACAUGUAUCCUGUUAUGUUAUGUUACGUUAUGUUAGUUAUAUUCCAAUAAUAGUAUUUCCUCUGUUUAACUGUCUUUUUUUCAUUUAAAAACUCGUAUCGACACUUUUAAUUCACGUGCAUGCUAUAGGGAAUGCUUGCGACAUUAAUAAUCGUAAGAUUUCUAUCCAACAGUUCCAAAAAAGGCCUUAUUCUUUCUUACAGAUGCAGUUCUUUGGGGACAACACUAGCGAG